UGAAAGUAGAGCAUCUGGGGAGUGCAGUACUUGCGUCAGUGAUUAUUAAUUUAGUGUUAGUAGGAGAAUUUUUAUAAAGUGGAGAUACCAGCGAUAUAUUUUCGCAGAUAAUUUAUUCAGAAAUUGCAAUUGUAUUGAUGUAAUCAGAAUGUUUAAUAGUAUAGCAGUGAGUUUUAGGUAAUAAGAUUUGCGCGUGCAUUAGGGCUGAUAGUUGGAGCUGACGCGUGCAGUAAGCAGCAAAGGCACUUGUUGAAAGAAUAGAAUUUGUUGUUGUUAACAGAGAGGAUAAUAAUCGCACUACAUUGAUUUGGCUUGUAUUUAGCAUAGUUAUGUAAAAGACUUACUUAUUAAUGCUUAUAUAAUAAGUGUCGCAGUGUCCCCUGGGUCUUAGCGCGCGUUGUAUUUUUUGAGUUUUUCUCCUCCUCCUCCCAAGUCAGAAGUGUUUCUUGUGGCUUGUAAGUGCACAGAAAGCUGGAGAAUUCAAGUCGCACCAGCCCAGUGGUCUUACAGUCGUUGCCGCAGUCUGUCCCAAUGGGGGUGAACGUAGUGCACUGGUUCAGAAAGGGGCUACGACUCCACGAUAACCCAUCACUCAAGGAGAGCAUCGAGGGAGCAGAGAGUGUGCGCUGCAUCUACAUUCUCGAUCCUUGGUUCGCUGGUUCCUCCAGUGUGGGCAUCAACAGGUGGAGGUUCCUCCUUCAGUGUCUUGAGGACCUUGAUGCCAACCUCAGGAAGUUGAAUUCUCGUUUGUUUGUCAUUCGUGGGCAGCCAGCAGAUGUGUUUCCCCGGUUAUUCAAGGAAUGGAAUAUUAAUAGACUUUCCUUUGAAUAUGACUCUGAGCCAUUUGGGAAGGAGAGAGAUGCUGCUAUCAAGAAACUGGCUAGUGAAGCUGGGGUUGAGGUCAUUGUACGAAUUUCUCAUACACUGUAUGAUCUAGAUAAGAUAAUAGAACUAAAUGGUGGGCAGCCACCCUUAACAUACAAACGCUUCCAGACUCUCGUGAGUCGAAUGGAACCCUUGGAGACCCCAGUGGAAACAAUUACAGCUGAAGCGAUGGGAAAGUGCACUACACCAGUGUCGGAUGAUCAUGAUGAAAAAUAUGGUGUUCCAUCAUUGGAGGAACUAGGAUUUGAUACAGAAGGGCUGGCAUCAGCAGUGUGGCCAGGUGGUGAAAGUGAAGCUUUAACUCGAUUAGAAAGACAUCUGGAAAGAAAGGCGUGGGUAGCAAAUUUUGAAAGGCCCAGAAUGAAUGCAAAUUCCCUCCUUGCAAGUCCUACAGGAUUGAGUCCUUACUUGAGAUUUGGUUGCUUGUCGUGUCGUCUCUUCUAUUUCAAGUUAACCGACUUGUACAGAAAGGUGAAGAAAAACAGCAGUCCUCCUUUGUCUCUGUAUGGCCAGUUAUUGUGGCGGGAGUUUUUUUACACAGCAGCUACCAAUAACUCUCGAUUUGACAAGAUGGAGGGGAAUCCUAUCUGUGUUCAAAUUCCAUGGGACCGUAAUCCAGAGGCUUUGGCCAAGUGGGCUGAGGGCAGGACAGGCUUUCCUUGGAUUGAUGCAAUCAUGGCACAGCUAAGGCAGGAAGGUUGGAUCCAUCAUUUAGCACGUCAUGCAGUGGCAUGCUUUCUAACACGUGGAGACCUGUGGAUCAGCUGGGAGGAAGGGACAAAGGUUUUCGAAGAGCUGUUGCUUGAUGCAGACUGGAGUGUAAAUGCAGGAAGUUGGAUGUGGUUGUCCUGCAGCUCCUUCUUUCAGCAGUUCUUUCACUGUUACUGCCCUGUUGGCUUUGGAAAGAGAACGGACCCCAAUGGUGACUAUAUCAGGCGUUACUUACCUGUACUCAGAGGAUUCCCUGCAAAGUAUAUUUAUGAUCCUUGGAAUGCCCCACUGAGUGUUCAGAAGUCUGCAAAAUGCAUUAUCGGAGUGAACUAUCCUAAACCAAUGGUUAACCAUGCAGAGGCAAGUCGACUGAACAUUGAAAGAAUGAAACAGAUUUAUCAGCAGUUGUCGCGCUACAGAGGACUUGGUCUCCUUGCAUCUGUACCUUCUAACGCAAAUGGAAAUGGUGGAUUAUUGAGUUACUUGCCUGGAGAGAAUACACCGAGCUGUAGUAACAGUUCAGCUGGUUUUGGUCAAGGUAGCACAAUGUUACGAUAUCCACAGGGGGACAUUCAGAUGCAGAAUAAUACAUUAUUGCAGGUAAGGAACCCUGUCUAUAAUAACAUCACAAAUGGAAAGCGACCAAAUUCUGAGGAAGAAAUGCAAGGCAUUGAAGCCAAACUUCUGAAGCAAAGUGGCAUAUAAUUCUGCACUGACAGAAGGAACAAAGAAGCAAGGGCCACCAGGAGAGGUGUGGAUAUGGAAGAAGCUUAGAAAAAGAAAUUAAUUCAUAUGAAAGAUAUUUUUAGAACCUGAUCACUGAAUUAUUUUAUAUCGGUGAUUUCUGUAUUGUAAAGCUGUUUUUAUGUGAACUUAGAGAGGCCAGUAUUUAAAGUGUUUCUGAUCUGCUUUCUUCAGCUCCUGGAAAAUAACCCGUCUUCUUGUACAGCAGUGUUUUCUCAAACUUUUAUUUAGAUCUCCGCAACUCUGUUAUGCAGAGAAAGGGGGUCAGUGCCCAGACAUACUGCACAACAGUUCACUCUGCUGGCCAGGGUGUUUCUUUUCUCCCCAUGGGAUCCUAUUUAUAACAGUGUCUGUAUGCUCAUAUGUGUAAUUCUUUAACCCUCUGUGAGGCUAGGAGUUGGCAGCCUGCCUAGUAUCCUCAACCAUCUCUUGUGUACUGUGCCUGUAAUGAAUGCCAGCAGAUACAUGCCAUGCCUGAAGGCAGCCCUCCUCAUCCACUCCACUCAUCUUUUUGGAGUUAAUAGAUCUGUGUAUAUACUUAGCUCAUAAAAUGUAAAUAUAAAUAUUCCACAUUUUGUUUUUAGUUAAAAGCGGUUUGUUAUAUUUUUGAUAAUAUUACCAAAUAAGUUAAGUUUUUAUUAUAACAUUAAACUUUUUCCUUAAUGGAAGAAGUAAGUUGAAGCUUUUGACUGUUUUUAUAGUCUCCAUCUGAUCUUCGAAUACUGUCAGUUUUUGGUGCUUUCUGGCAUGUUUCACUUCUAGAGAAUUCCCAUAUUUUCUGUUGGUCUAAUCCACUUAUCCAUUGUUGUUAAAGUUGUCUCUUGGUGUAUAUUUAACAACGUAUUUGAAACUUCUGUAUUAUAAAAUGUUUUUAUUGUAAUGUUGAAUGUUUAGUUUUUGUCGUGGAUGAAGGGAGGAGAGAAGUAAUUUAGAAAGCAAAUGGUAAGCCUCUAGUCCUUUUCAGCAGUACAUUGUAUUAAUUCACAUGUUCACUCCUAAUUGCAUACAUUUGUACAUUAAAGCUGAAUGUCUUCAAAUCCAUGGUCAUAAA